CUUAGGAACAAUAACACAAGUGAAUAUAUGAGAACUCUAUGGAACAAAAUAAUCACAGCAAAGCAAAAUGUUGUAGGAACAAAGUGGGUGUUUUGCAACAAGCAAGAUGAGCACGGGGUGGUGACAAGAAACAAGGCUCGACUUAUGGCAAAAGGUUAUGCCCAAGUCGCAUGUUUGGAUUUCGAGGAGACUUUUUCUCCUGUAGCUAGGCUCAAGUCAAUACGUAUAUUAUUGACCUAUGCUGCUCGCCACUCGUUUAAGUUGUUUCAAACGGACGUGAAUAGCGUCUUCCUAAAUGGACCAAUCAAGAGGAAGUAUAUGUGGAACAACCUCAGGCUUCGAGGAUGACAGGUAUCCCGACCAUGUCUACAAGCUCUCUAAGGCGCUCUACGGACUUAAGCAAGCUCCAAGAGCAUGGUAUGAAUGCCUUAGAGGUUUUCUUAUUUCUAAUGCUUUCAAGGUUGGGAAAGUUGAUCCUACUCUCUUUAUUAAGACUUGUAAUGGUGAUUUGUUUGUAUGCCAAAUAUAUGUUGAUGAUAUAAUAUUUGUGUCGGGGACCAUAAUUAGGGGUACCCCCAAGACUCCUAAUCUCAGCUGGUAACCCCCAUCAGCACAAAGCUGCAAAGGCCUGAUGGGUGCGAUUAAGGUCAAGACUCGGUCCACCCAAGGGACACGAUCUCACCUCGCCCGAGCCCAGCCUCGGGCAAGGGCAGCCGACCCCAGAGGAUUCACGUCUCGCCCGAGGGCCCCCUCAAGCAACGGACACACCUUCAGCUCGCCCGAGGCCUAGUCUUCGCCGAGAAGCAACCUUGGCCAGAUCGCCACGCCGACCAACCGUAUCGCAGGAGCAUUUAAUGCAAGGAUGGCCUGACACCUUAUCCUGACGCGCGCUCUUCAGUCGACAGAGCCGAAGUGAUCGCAGUCACUUCGUCGCUUCACUGACCGACCUGACAAGAAGACAACACCGCCUGCAUCGCUCCGACUGCCGCGCCACUUGACAGAGUGAGGCUGACAGCAGCCAAGUCCGGCCUCGGGCGCCAUAGGAAGCUCUGCCUCGCCCGACCCCAGGGCUCGGCCCCCGUCUCGGCCGCGGACGACGAACUCCGCCUCGCCCGACCCCAGGGCUCGGACUCAGCCUCGGCUCCGGAAGACGACGAACUCCGCCUCGCCCGACCCUAGGGCCCGGACUCAGCCUCGGCUCUGGAAGACGACAAACUCUGCCUCGCCCGACCCGGGGCUCGGACUCGACCUCGACCUCGGAAGACAGACUCGACAUCAACCUCGGAGGAGCCUCCGCCUCGCCCGACCUAGGGCUCAGACCGACCACGUCACAGGAGGAGCCAUCAUUACCCUACCCCUAGCUAGCUCAGGCUACGGGGAACAAGAACGGCGUCCCAUCUGGCUUGCCCCGGUAAACAAAUAAUGAUGGCGCCCCGCGUGCUCCAUGACGACGGCGGCUCUCAAGCCCCUUACGGAAGCAAGGAGACGUCAGCAAGGACUCGACAGCCCCGACAGCUGUCCUUCCGCAAGGCUCCAGCGCUCCUCCGAUGGCCACAACAUCACAUGAACAGGGUGCCAAAACCUCUCCGGCUGCCACGACGGCAUGUACUUAGGGCUCUAGCUCCUCUCUGCUAGACACGUUAGCACACUGCUACAUCCCCCAUUGUACACCUAGGCCCUCUCCUUACGCCUAUAAAAGGAAGGUCCAGGGCUCUCGUACGAGAAGGUUGGCCGCGCGGGAGAACGGGCCGACGCGCAAGUCCCUCGCUCUCUCCCACGCAGACGCUUGUAACCCCCUACUGCAAGCGCACCCGACCUGGGCGCAGGACAACACGAAGGCCGCGGGUUUCCCCUUUUUUGCCUGUCUCCUUUCCCCCCUUCGCGCUCCGUCUUGCGCCGACCCAUCUGGGCUGGGACACGCGGCGACAAUUUACUCGUCGGUCCAGGGACCCCCCGGGUCGAAACGCCGACAGUUGGCGCGCCAGGUAGGGGCCUGCUGCGUGUUGACGAACAGCUUCCCGUCAAGCUCCAGAUGGGUAGUCUCCAGCAACCUUUCCAACCCAGGACGAUUCUCCGUUUCAGGAGUCUUGAGUUCAUGUCCCUCGACGGCGGCUACGACAUGAUACUCCUUCCUCCGCCGCGCGAUAGCGACAAUGGCGGCCGACAGCCCGCCCGCCGGCGGCGGAAUCAACGACGUCUUCCCCACGUGGCGGAAGAACAACAUUCGGGUUUGUCCCGUCACCUCUCCCGCCGACGGAGGAGGAGGCAGGGCAACCACGACCAAGCAGGAGGCGGCACCUCGUCGGCUGUCGAGCGAGUCGACGGCGCCGGCGCCCCAACGGGGGACACGUCGGGCGACGACCUCGCGUCUGAGACGAAGACGAGCGUCGUUUCCCUGCAACACGCCAACUCCAAGCGGACGGACGAUGCCAGCACGCUCGCGAAGGACUUGCUGGGCGUCACCCUCGUACCUGAGACGACGGUGCAGUCCGCCCCUGACGCGACUUCGUCACCGCCUGUCGACCAAGAGGUACCGACCGGCUCCCAUCUCGUGCCUUUUAGAUCCAGCUGCGACCCACCGAGUGGCCCCGCUUUGGUGGACGCUUUUAUAAAGGCAUGUUCAAGCCCUCCGGGGUAUCAUAUGCGGUCACCCUGGGACCGGCUGACGACCGUAUCGACCUACGGACCCUCGGGUUCCGAGGAAGAUGACGAGCCCGACUUUUGUUGGGAUUUCUCCGGACUCGGUAACCCCAGUGCCAUGCGGGACUUCAUGACCGCAUGCGACUACUGCCUCUCCGAUUGUUCCGAUGGUAGCCGUAGCUUCGGCGACGAGGACUGCGGCCCAAGUCGUGAAUGUUUCCACGUCGAUCUAGGGGGUCUCGGCGAAAGCAACCAUCUUGGUAUGCCGGAAAACGGCGAUCCCCCUAGGCCUGUGCCUCGCGUUGACAUCCUUCGGGAGCUAGCUGUGGUCCCAGUCCCUGCGGGGGGUCAGGACGGGCGGGAGCGCGUAGUCGAUUUUUCUGGCCAUGGCGUCCGCCGCGGGCUCGAGCGCGCCGCCGCGCUCUCCCGUCGGGGUUGGCGCGAAGUCCUCUGCACCGUCGGAUCCGUGGGCGACGGUUCGGAUUAG